AUGGUUUUAAAUGAUAUCAUACAGGAAUAUGGUAUACAAGAUAUGGUUCGAAGUUUUACUUUUGAUAAUGCUGCAGUAAACAAAGUUGUUAUUGAAAGAUUUAUUGCUGAUCUUAACCCCGAGAAAUCAUUUGCCACUGAUGUAACACAUAGGUGGAACUCUACAUAUCUUAUGUUAAAUUCGUGUGAAAAUUACGAUAAAGUGAUUUCACUAUAUUAUAAUAGUAGGCAUACACUCGGACCCGAACAUAAUUUGGAAGAUUGGGAAUGGACUAUUGCAUUUUACGUGAAAAAAUUCUUACAACCUUUUUUCGAUGCUACAAAGGAAUUAAUGGACUCUCGACUUAAUUUAACUGGCAUAAAAACUAAUGUAAAGGGGAUAUCAGAUUUUUUGAAUAUAGAAUUAUCACACGUGCAUAUAGAAUCUUUUUUAUGUGAAAUGUAUAGUUAUUAUGCUGAAAAGGAAGAUAGCAAUACAAGUGUUUCUUCAUUUAGUUCUAGUUCUAGCUCAUCAACAUCUAGAGCGAUCAAUAUUGGUGGUACAAAUCUUGAAAUUCCUUCUGAGUUAGCUAGGUAUAUAUGCGUGGAUGUUCGUAGUGUGUUGCAACCGAACGAAUUACAAGAAUUUAGUCUUUUAAAUUGGUGGAGAUGUUACGAAAGGCAAUAUCCAGUUGUAUCAAAAAUUGCACGUGAUCUACUAACACCUCCGGUGUCUACGGUAGCAUCGGAGGCUGUAUUCAGUUUAGGUGGUCGAAUUUUAUCAGAUGAACGAUCAAGACUAAUAGAAGAUAUAUUGGAGGCUUUGAUAUGUUUGAAGGAUUGGGAAUGUACAGAAUUACAUGUUCAAGAACAUGUUGAUAGUAUAAUGGCCGAAGAGUUGCAGCAUAUCCAAACAUAG